CACCCAUUGGCCAUUGAGGCACUUGCAGAAGAUUGAUGCGCCUGGAUCUCUGAAGAACAAGAGUUACCAUCCAUAUUUGUUCUUGGAGUUUCACUUAAUCUUGCAUUUCGAUUGAGAAGUUCCUAGGUUCAAUACAAGGAGACAAGGAGUUGAGUAACACUGAACUCAUAACCAAGAAUGGAAAUGUUAGCACCCGAAACAUAUUCGUUGAAUUACUUGAGACUUGGUCUCAAAGGAUCUGGCAAGGGAAAAUCAAGAAAACCUCAAGUCCUUUCUAUUAUUUCAAUGCUUCUUGAGAAUUCUGUUAAGAAAAAUGAAAAGUGUAUGAAAAGUAUAGCAGACAAAGAUCCCGUUACCGUAUUCCAUGGUUCAAGAGCCCCCGCUCUAAGCAUUCAACAAUACGUGGACCGUAUCUUCAAAUAUGCCUGUUGUAGCCCCUCCUGCUUUGUGGUAGCACACAUAUAUAUGGAGAAAUUCAUCCAAUGCACCAGCUCUUUUUUGACUUCCAUUAAUGUUCAUCGGCUUUUGAUUACAAGUGUAAUGGUGGCUGCGAAGUUUAUUGAUGAUGCGUUUUUCAACAACGCAUAUUAUGCAAGGGUGGGUGGUGUGAGCACUGCAGAAAUGAAUAUACUGGAGAUGAAGUUUUUGUUUGGUCUCGAUUUUAGACUUCAAGUUAGUGUGCAGACAUUCGAGAACUACUGUACACUCUUAGAAAACGAAGGAAAGAGCAUGACGAUGACGCUACAAAUUGAGCGUUCAUUACAGGCCUACUGUGGAAUCAAAGAGAGCUGCUGGUCAAACAAAGAAGACUCC